CGCAAGUAUUCUUCUAGUGCUUCACUGUCGAUUCUUCUUUGCAUAAUAAUUUGGUUUCAGUGUUGUGACAGUUCGAUAAAAACAACUUCCAGAGAGAUUAAAUCAUCAUGUCUAAGCGUUCAAAGCAAACAGGGAAUUUCUACAAAAAGCGAAAUCGAUUGCUGGAGGAAGCCGGAAGAAAUGUUGAUGAAUUAAACAUCACGCUAGAAACUGUUUCGACUUCUGUUUGGCCGGAUUUGGGAGUGGAAGUCUCACAACAGGAUCUUGAGUCGCUUUUUACAAGAUAUAGUUCUGUACAUCAAAGUCCAGCAACACCUUCAGAUACUACUGACCAGAACAAUGAAGGAAUCGAGGAGAUGGAUGAUCCGGCUGAAGAAAUUGUUGAUGCCAAGGACCCGUACUCAUUUAUGCAAAAUUUGAGUUUGAAAGAUGCGCUUGUGCAUCUAGUGAUACAGGGUCGUGCUUCCCGUUUCCUAAUUGAAGGUUUUCUUGUCAUCUUAAGGAAAUAUUUAAAAGCCAAAGUUCCUAAAACAAAACGAACGCUUCUUGAAACACCAACGCAGAUUGGAUCUGCUAUUAAACCGAUACAAGGUGGCCAAUUAUGGUAUCAUGGCAUCGAAAAUGUUCUUGAAAAAUACUUUGAAAACGUUGUUCCAGAAGUAGACGCAUUUACGGUGGAUGUCUCUAUUGAUGGACUUCCACUCUUUAAAAGUUCCCGGAAGCAGCUUUGGCCAAUUCAAAUAAGAAUUGUUGAACUUUUAAAGCACCCAGCAAUGAUUGUUGGAACGUUUGGAGGAUCGAAAAAACCGGGUAGCUUGGAGGAAUUUUUAAGACCUCUAGUUGAGGAAAUAAAUGAUAAAUCAUAAAUAUGAUAAAUGAUAAAUCACUAUAAUUUGCAAGAAGCUGUGAAAAUAAAUUUCUAACGUGCACAACAUUUACUAACAUAGCUGUGCAUGUUAACUGAUUCCAUUAAAAUUUGAUUUUUCAGUUGAAAAUUUCUUUGCUAAUUAAAUUCAGACUAUUCCCGGCUAGCACGAUUGAGGGCCAGGGGUAUGUAGAAAUCGAGCGAAAUGGGGGAAAAAUCCCGAAGCAAAAAUCCGUCAUAAAAGCCAUCACUUAGACGCAUUUUAUGACGAUUUUCAAAUU